AUGGCGUCGUAUUCGGCGGAUGGAGUAGCCAACUCCAUUGAAGAAUUCCUGUAUAAUCCCGAAGAUAGGAUUACAUUUUCUUCAUACUAUAGAAGAUAUGAAGAAAUAUUUAAAGAGGAGUGCAAAGGCUGGACAAACGAAAAGAAGAAGAACUUGAUACAUGUAGAAAAUAAAAGUGACAUUCAACUAAAAAAAAAUGCCGUUCCGGUUUUUAACCCAAAGAGAGUUGUGUCUUUUGCGGCACUGAAUCAAGUAGAAAAACAAUUGAAAAGAGAAUAUUGGUGUAAUACAAAAUUAGACUAUUCGGAAUGGGCAGCACCAGCUGUGUACAUAAAACAGAAAAAUAACAAAAUAAGGAUCUGCGCCGAUUUUUCGACGGGAUUUAAUGAAUGUCUGACAACUUAUAACUAUCCAUUACCAAGUCCAGAGGAAAUUUUUGCCAAGCUUAAUAGAGAUAAACUGUUUUCUAAACUGAAGUUAUCGGAAGCUUAUUUACAGCUGCAGGUAGACGAAGAAUGUUCCAAGCUGUUAACGAUAAACACGCACAAAGGGUUAUACAAGUUUAACCGACUUUCUUUCGGAAUAAAAGUUGCACUCGCAAUUCUUCAACAGGUUGUAGAUACAAUGUUAGCGGACUGUAGUUCGCAGUUCCAUACUUGGAUGGUACAUUUAUUAAAAGUGAAUCUCGUGAUCAGCAUGUCGAGCACGUUAAGUGUGUUUUUGAAAAAAAUAAGAGAUUACGGUUUCACACUGAGUGAGGAAAAAAUGUGA